AGUUUGUUAAUUUUCUUUAUAGACUUUGAAUCGCUGCAGCAGCACUUACAUAAUAUUAUUACUUCAGUUUGUGGCAGAGCAGUAUUUAAAAACUCAUAGAAAAGUAUGUGCUACAUUUUUUUUUGUUAUAGUUAGUUGAAGAUUUUAGGCGACUCUCUACAAAUCGUUUGUGCUGUGUCAUCUUUAAAAUAAUAGGAGAAACUAAGUGCCCCAACACGCAACAAGCCAAUUACUCGCCAACAUCUUAUAUAACGAUCAAAGCAGAGGAUCACCUAGUUAUCACAGUGAGAUUUGCAAUAAAUUUACAAUGCGUUCGGUAUUUUUUAUUGUUAUUUCGACUUUCGCAAUCGGACAAACUGCCAACAUUCUCGGAAUUUUCCCCAUGCCUGGCAAAAGCCACUUCGUUAUGUUUGAACGCCUGUUAAUAGGCCUUGCAGAAAAAGGCCACAAUGUUGAUAUUGCCACCCAUUUUCCGACAAAGGAUCCACCUGCCAGGUAUAAUCAGCUAAGUCUAGUCGGAAGUCUGCCGAUUUUCGUCAAUAAUUUAUCCCUCAAUGCAUUUGACGGCUUCACAAACUUCCACAUGAUUCACUUCAUGACCAAAAUUUGUGGCGUUGAUGUUUGUGCAGCGACUCUAAACACGCCAGUUUUGCGCGACUUAAAGAAAACCAAAAAAAAGUACGAUCUUGUGGUUACUGAAAUUUUCGGCUCGGAUUGUAUGCUGGGCUUUGGUCACUAUUUUAAAGCCCCAACUGUCUCUCUAAUAAGUAGUAUAAGUUUGCCAUGGGCCGGGGACAGGAUUGGGAAUCCAGACAACCCCUCCUACAUUCCAAACUAUUUUGUUUCAACCACCGCAAAAAUGAGCCUCUUUGAGAGAGUCGAAAACACAAUUAUGUUGCUUUAUACCAAGUUUUUGUACCACUACUUCUCGUCAAAGGAAUCGAACAAAAUCGCAAAGGAAUUUUUCGGGCCCGAGUUACCAUCUCUGGAAGAGUUGGCCCAAAACACUAGUCUUGUGAUAGUAAAUAGUCACUUCAGUAUUUCGCAUUCAAGACCAACUGUACCUAAUUUUAUUGAAGUCGGGGGGCUCCACAUCCAUGAGCCUAAACCAUUAUCCAAAUAUUUUGAAAAUCUGGUCACAAGUGACGCCAACAAAGGCAUAAUUUACCUAACAAUGGGGUCCAUGAUCAUGACUGAAACCUUCGACCCGGAAAAACUGCAAGGAAUGUUUGAUGCUUUUUCCGAACUCCCGUACAAAGUUUUAUGGAAAGCGAAACGCGAAAACUUCCCUCAGGGGCUAAAAAUCCCCAAAAACAUUCAUUUCGAAAACUGGAUGCCCCAGAUGGACAUUUUAUGCCACCCGAACGUUAAGUUAUUUGUCUCCCAUGGCGGUUUGAUGGGGAGUCAGGAAGCCGUCUACUGUGGGGUUCCCCGUUUGGGAAUCCCACUUUUCGCCGAUCAGGACAACAACAUCCGUGCUUCUGAACGCAUGGGACUUACCAUUAAAGUGGCAUACGACGAUAUCAGCAAGAAAACUAUACUUGAGGCUUCGAAAAAAUUACUAGAAGACCCAACGUACAAGCAAAAUGCUGAACGCGUUUCGAAACAGUUUAAAGAUCGGCCUUUGUCUGCCUUAGACACGGCCAUUUAUUGGGUGGAAUAUGUGAUAAGGCAUAAGGGAGCUCCGCAAUUGCGAAGUGCAGGGGCGGACUUGGCCUGGUAUCAGUAUUAUUUGGUGGAUGUUGUUGUUAUUCUAGCUUCUGGACUUUUCGUGUUUUUGUUAUUGACCACGUACGUCUUGAAAUUAGUGCUUCGCUUUAUUUACGGUAACCACAAACAUAAAAUUGAGUGAUUUAUUGGUUCCUGGUAUUGUACAUAAUUUGUUUUUGUAUUUUUUUGAAUAUUCAUUAACUGCGUCAAACUAUAAAUGUAGGUUUUGUCGUAUUUUUAAGGCUCAACAUUAUUAAAAACACUUAAACUUUA